AUGAACACGGGUUCCCCUUCCGACUCCGGGCCUUCAGUCCCUCCACAGUCUCCCAUUCAGUCACAGAGUCAUGGGCUUACCGGUUUCCUCCGCAACUCCUUUUCAGACAUUUCCUUGGACGGUUUUGAGGAACAGUUGGCGCGUGUUUCCGCAAAUGAUACAUACGUUGGACCGCUUCGCCCAAAUCGACGUCGGAAACCGCGCACGCAGGGGACCGCUAAUGAUCCAUCCUCUCCUUCGUCUUGUGAUCAGGAAGAUGAAGAUCCUCUUCGACAAGUCCCCUACUCUACUUCAUCUCUUGCGUUCGUACCGCCCGGUGUUAUCAUUGUCUCCGAGAUUUGGCGCCUCUUUGCCACAGAGAGACUUUCUCUGUGUAACGGCUUCAUCAGCACGAUGCGGAUCGAUGCUUUACAGCGGUGUCUGCACGCGCAUAACCUCAAUCAACUUGGUUCAUUGCUUGUCCUUCGGAAGCGUCUUCACGAAUUUGUUCGACGUUUGAGGGAUUCUGGUCGUAAUACACUGAAUUGUGGAUUGCCAUGUGAAGGCGAGGAGUCCAGGCUCGCGCCUCUCUUAGAAGGCACACCAUUGAAGAUCAUUGAGCCAGAUGGUUGCCAGAUGGUAAAACUCGCUCAACCUGUCGUUCUUACGCCAGAUGUCUUUUACAAUUACCUUCUAAUAAUUGACCUCGAGGCCACAUGUGAAAUGCGCCAGGAGAGAGACCAGGCGGAGUUCCCUCACGAAAUAAUCGAAUUCCCCGUCCUCCUCUACGAUACACGGCAACGUAAGUGUGUGGGUGUUUUUCACUCUUACUGUCGACCCACGAGAAAUCCCUUGUUAUCUUCCUUCUGUAAGAGUCUAACGCAGAUCAGUCAAAGUCAGGUUGACAAUGCCAUCACCUUUCCGAAGCUACUCAGUCAACUAGAGACCUGGCUACUGGUGCAGAAUAACCUCAGGGACCAAAGAUGUGCUAUAGUCUGCGAUUGCUCAGCUGAUAUGGGCAAGUUUAUGCGGACGCAGUGUCAAUUGAGUGGACUUCAGGUACCCGAAUGGGCUUCUGUUUGGAUAAACCUCUCCCACGCCUUCCAUACAUUCUACCGCUAUCCCCAGACUCAAAAAUGUACUCUCGCAACCAUGCUCAAUGACUUGGAUCUAUCGUUUGUUGGCCAGCAUCACAGCGGCCUGGAUGACGCAAUGAACAUACUCCGGGUGGUUCAAAUCAUGCUAGCGGAUGGAUGUCAGUUGAGGGUUAACCAGCGUCUUGAUCUGGGGCGGCCCCCAUCAUAUUCUGCCACAGUUCCGCGCACUGUAGCGAAUUCCGCCGAUGGAGGUAUAAUGGGAAGUCGCUUGGGGCUUUUAAAAAAGCGCACGAAGUCGUCGGUGUUCCCUCACAUGCAUUCCUCCGAUUCCCCCUCCGAUGUUAAUUAUAGCCAAUCGCAGUCUCCGGUGGCCCACCCAAAUGAGAUCAACGCAGAAGAUGUCGAGUCCCUUAUGCGCCUUCAUUCCAUUCAAAAGCAUAGGUUAAACCGAUCGAACCCUUGA